UUCUCUUGCCAACUGAGAAGACUCGUUUAAGGUUCCGUUUCGGUCGAAUCAGUCUCUUUCUGAGCGUUGGUUUUACAAGAUUACCACAUGCGAUCGCGAGGUUGUGACUAAAGCCUUCUCUUGUAUACAUAUAUUGUGUGUGUAUGUUUGCAUCAAACAAUGUCUGCCUCUCAAGCCCAAUAUGGCCUUUCGUUUUGAGAUUUGGUCAUAAAUUAAAAAUAAAAACAAUUACUAUGAAAAUAUAAUAAACAAAAAUGGUGCAACAAAUCAAUGAAAAGUUUGCCAAAUGUAUACGCAGAAAAGUACGAAUAUAAAAUAAAUCAAAAAUAGAGAGCUUAAAUUUUUAAAGAAGCAAGAAGUUUGGUCGCUUCAAACAACUAAAUCUACACGUAUUUACUCACUUUUCACCUAUAUAUUUUAUAUGUGUUAUAUUAAAAUUUACAAAUAAAGCAUUUACUCUCCCUGUUUCAUAAUCUAAAAAACAUAAAUUUUUUUUGUAAACAACAAUCUUUUGACAAAACUGAGACGUCUAUUGGGCAAAGAAAAACUAAGAAGCUUAUUUAAAUGUGGAAGCAGAGACAACUUAAAAGAUGUUUAAACCUUAAAAACAAGAAAACUGAAAGAGCUUGCUAUCGAGAAAAAUAAAAAUCGAAGGUUUGAAAUGGAGCAUGUAGAUAUUGCUGGAUAUACCCAUAACACAGCCCCAAAUUGGAAGAGUAUAAGCAAGUUGGAACAGCAAGAUGCUGUAUUCUUGUCUAUCUCGCGGCAUAUAUUAGAUCCCAUCAUAGAGGAGACCAGCGAGGACGAAAAACACAGCCCUGUUUGCUGGAGGGACUGUCAAAUGCAUCGAUCUCCCAUCUGGAGCUCCACGGAGCUCGAAACAGGCUCAAUGAUACGCAUUGAUGUUAUGGAUGGCGAUGUAGUAUCUGAACGCGACUUCGUUUGCCCUCCUAAGCGACCAAAACGCGGCCAAGAUUUGGAUUCCGGUCAGAGUUUUGAGGAUAGCAUUCAGUUGCGCCGUUCUCUAAUCCCCGACCCCGAGAUUGACAAUAGCUCGGAGCAUUUCCUGACCCUAGACGCCUGUGUUCGGGAGAGUUAUGAAAGUCAAGGGCAAUGGAGCAGCAUUAGCUGUCGGCGAGGCGGCACAUUCGACGACUUUUAUUCGGAAAACGACUCCCACCAUUCGCUAUCACGCAGCUCUUCCCUGGUGCAAUUUGAGUCUCUGGAACGCCAAUUCACGCUUCAGGAGCAGCACCAUAGUAUGGGCAUUCUCUCCAACAGUUCGCCCUUGCUCAUUUGCGAACUAAAUCCCGGAACUGGGAUAAAUGACACCACUACGGAGAGCAGGAAGGGGUCGUCUUCUUCGCUAUCCAUUAUGAAGCGGUACGAGUCAAGUGACUGUAGUCGCCUGCAUCAGACAUACCAUGAAUUGAAGAAAAUCAACUUUGAGAAGCAACAGCAGCCGCGAGAACUCUCCUCCAAGAUCUUGUACCAGGUUGAGCUAAAUUCAGAUUUAGAGACCAGCUCCAGUUCCAGCUCAUCCAGCAAUAGCAGCGUCCACAGCUUUAUCAGCUCGUGCCUCAUCAGCAAAGACUCGUAUGAACGUAGAACCAUUAAGCCGGACUCCACUCGACGACUGCCGCCCAAUUCGGCAGAAAAUCUAUCCGUGGACUCCGGCUACUGUGAGGUAAAGACGCAGCAGCAUGAAAAGUCUAAGUCUCUACCGGAUAAUUUCGACAAGCUCUUCGAAGAAGAAGAGGAGUUGCUGCUAAUGGAAGACGGCGCGGAACAUUCCCGCUACUUCAAUGGCGGACAUGAUUUGUGUCAGCCAAAAAUAGACAAAACGGUGGACACACCCGUAGCGCCCAGCUCUCAUUCUCCGUCGUCUAUUAAUAGUUACCAGGAGAGGGCAAGCUCUCAGUCGCUGCCAUCGCCUACUGAAUCGGCAUCGACGUCGUUCACAGUCUCUUUAAUUGAACUGCUCAACAGUUUGCCGGGUACCGGCGAGACGUAUGGUCCAGCACCCGAAGCACUCAGCUGCGCUCUGGCCAGCAAAAAAAAAAAAAUCAGCCAUUACUCCCGCCGCAGCCAUAGCGCCAGUUCUAUCGAUAGCUGCAACGGCAUUCACGCCACACAAUCACUUAACAAGCUGCAGUAUAUUGGGCGGUGCCGAUGCUACCAUUACAAUCAUUCUAGCCAGUGGAACUGCGACAGCAACAAAGCAAGAAGCUUCGCCGAGGGGCUAAACUUGAAACAGGUAGAUAUCCAAGACAGCCUUUCUCAAGACUGCCGAAGCCUUACGAGGAUUCAGGGAAGCUGCAUCUGGAACGAAUGCGCUCGAAAAGAUUUAGGCGUCGCCAGUUCGGCAUAUUUAAAUGUCAGCUACCAAGACCUUACGCUUCUGGACUAUACGGAUAAUUUACUAACGGCAAAGCAACUUCGGAAAAACGACAAGAGGAGUGAGGUAGAUGAAAUGGCAGACCGGAGAAGCGUUGUCGGCGGUGACUACAAGUCAGUCAUCUGCACGGGAAACUUUUUGCUGGAUGAAAUCAGCAAGAUAUACGACAAAAAUGUAUCAAUACUAACAGAUAAACCAAUUAUGGGGGAUCAACUUCUACAAGAGGACUGCAUUUCAAAUGCAGCCGAAAAGCUUGAACAAGUGCAUCAUGUGCAACUAAACAUAAAACCAGCACCGCCACAGAAGAAAAAUCAGCAACAGCCGUUGUCUAUUAAAAACUGCGUAAAAUCAUUUGACCAGGACCCCACAUUUUUGCGCACAUCAUACUCUUAUUUCCUGAAGCAGUGCCAUUUUGGUGCUACAAGCCAGACCAAGGGGAUUCCAUGCCCGGAAGUCUCGCAAAGAUCUCUGUACAAGCGCCGCCUUCAGUCUCAGGCAUUAACAGCCAAGCAGCGUAGUCUGGUCAGAAGCACGCCCAAUCUAUCGGACAGCCUUGAUGGACGAAAGGAGCCUGAGGAAGAUAUCUACGUGAGCAGUGCUUACACUUCAAUGCAAAACCUUCCGCAGGAGUCAAUGCAGACAAAACCAUUAGGAAUCCUGCUAACAUCUGGAUCGAGACACUCCUUUGGCAAGGAGGUAAGUUUUUGCCCAGUGGUAAGCAAGUACUGCUGGCAGGAGCAAUCUUCCGAGGACCCGCCAGAAGAUCAGGGCAAUUCGGACGAAUACCAGCAGGGCUCCUCGAGCGACGGUCUGAUCGAUAAUGCAGACGUCAAAUUAAAGUACAACACCAAAAAGAAUGAGAACAUAGCGGAGAUUUUCAAUCUAGAGGAGACACAUCGUUUAAGAAAUUCAUCAAGUUUACAUGAGUAUACCACUCCUUGUACCAAUCCCCUCUCAACGUACGAAAAUUGUGGACUCGACGAGAGCGGCAUCGAAAACAAUGCAAAAAUAGAUAGACAAAAUCAAAAAUCCGAUGCUAGGACCACUCUGGAACUCAAGACCGCAUUAAAGAUCACAGUCAAUCAUGAACCCACAGUCGUGAACUCGCCAUAUGAAGCAAAAUAUUUCAGCGUGGUGAAUGAUACACCUAUUGAAGCAAACCUACGACCUCUUAGCCUGCCUGUCCUUAGCGAGCCACCUACCAACCGCGCAUACCAUAUUCUUUUAUCUUCCCAGAACUUGCUGCAGCGCUAUGAGCCGGAAGUUCCGCAGACUCUCAAGAAACCAUUAGCCAGAAAACCCACGAUUUUUGUUCCUACUAUCUGCCCGAUCGACAAGAAGUCCGCCUCUAGAGGCUUUCUAUACAAGUUCGCCACCGGAUUGCGCUCCUCACUACAUCGCAAAAUGAAACAAAAGCAGGAUAAGCAUCUUAACCACUUGCCUGAUUCCAAACAGUCACAGAAGAAUAAAGCGUUGCCCUGGAUUGAAAAGGAGUCAGGGCAAAGCAUUGGAAACGGAAGGUCCAGCGAUGUUGCAAAACAGCAAACAGAACAGCUCUCUAAGACGUUAAUACUGCAUAAGGUGACUGGCAAGCCGCCACUACCAAACGUGACAUACCGAAGUGGCAUUCUGGCGCAUGCGUCUAAAGAAGCCGCUGUUGGGAUUGCUAAUGCCAAUAAUUGCCACCCCACAGAGGCUUCGUUAAGCACCGACCAGUUAACAGCGGACAUUCAUGCGACAACGAUGUGGAAUACCGAAUUAACUACACAAGAAAGUUCCGCGCAGAAGACACAAAUGAGUAAUCAACAUGAGAGGAACAGUCACUCGUCAAGACCCACAAUGGUAACCGCUUUUCCGGUAGAUGUUGCUCCAGAGGAAGAGGUAGGCAGGAUGGGUUUUAUUGAGACCAACCUGGACACUCAUGAAACGGUCAUCAGAGGAAAAACACGCUCUCUUAUGGACAUAACUUGCAACCCUCUUCGUAAACCGCCCAUGCGGUGCAUAGAAAAGCGGCAAAAUGUUAACAGUACUAUCUACGAUGUCAAUGAAAUGGGCGCAGUGAAUAUUAAUUCUUCGUCAGGAGGAUGUGACGUAAAAAUAUCUUCCAUUAGCAGGCCGCACAAGAGCAUGGAGUUUCUAUUGGACAAGGAAAAUCAAAAAAAUUUUUUGCCUCCUGAAAACGAGCUGCAGAAGUCGCAUGACAAUAAUCCGUCCGCCCUGAGCGAGUACCAACAGCGGGUUCAGGCAUCUCUUCAGCGUCUGAAUAUCCCCGACUGGUUUCGCCACUAUAAUAAAGAAACCGGACAUGAAUCAGAUGACCGAAAUGCCGUCACGGGUGCAUUCACCGGCUGUUACCGACCUAGCAGCCUUACGCGCGAGCGUACUCAGGAGUCUGGGCGUUGGCAGGCGCUUAAUUCAAAGACGACCUCCCUGAGCUCUCUGGGAUCUCAUCGCUCUAACCGAAGUCCCCUUCUGAUGAGUCCAUCCGCCCACAGCCAACACGGCGGCCAAAUCUUAAAUUCUAGACGGACUGUGGUCGGUGACACUCGCUGGUCUACUUCGCACCUUAACUCCACCCAGACGUCUCUCACUUUCCCGCAACGCGUUAGCUUUUCCCGUGGGGCAAUUAUCAAUAAUAGCUUUACGUCAGUGGCCAGCAGUAGUGGAGUGUUGCGCAAUUCUUACCGUCAGCCGUACCUAGGAUGGCGCAGCAUUGAGAAGCUGUCUCAGCGGACGCCCCAUGAACGUCUGGCAAAUUCGUUGCUGACCCAACGGACAACUUCGUCCUCUACAUUUCCAACCAAUGAAACAGGGCCCUUACAGUCUGUAACGCCAGAGGUUCAAAGCUCUAUUAAGGAAGUGUCAUCCGCCAUCGUUCACUACGUGAACGACCAGGAACAGACUCAAAACCGCAGUGGAUCGUCCAGUCCAAAUUCAAGGAAAUGCUGGGUGGAAAGCAGCUUUGUGGGGUCACGACCUCUGGACUCGCCGCAGACACCUGUGAUCGAUAAAAACUCUCCUGAAUUAUUACGUCAACAGGAUGAGCACCACCAGAAAAUCCAACCGUUACACCACAGCCAACUGCAGAAAGAUGCUAGUCUAUUGCCGGUAGUCGCCGCUGUACAACCGCCACUGAACGGAGUCGGCCGUGUCGGCGGAGGUGGCGAAUGGUCAUUGAGCAACGCCUCGCUAGAAGAUGUCCUAGAUUCAUUAUUAGGACUGCCAAAUUCCUCCUUAUCCAGCCAGAACAGCAAUUACAACCAAAAUAACAUACGCUAUGCCGCUUCAACUACAACAGAUGACUUCAUUCGAUACCAGAUGGAGAUUCAUUCAGCAGUUAAAAAGCAGCGUCUUCGGCGUCACAGUGAGGGUGAGGACCACCCAGAGCAAAAUCAACAUUCCAAGAUCCAGCAACAAUCUCAUACUUUCUUCAAUUCGCAGUCAGUUGGAGUUGGAGAAAUGAAUCAGCAAAAUGCCAUUAAGGGAUGUCGGCGGCUGUCGCUUGGCGAUAUCGCGUCCACAAUUACACAUUCAAAAAUACAAAGUGGUGGGAAAAUUAACGAAGAGCCGAGGGAAAGAGAAUCAGGAACGGAACAACAAAUUCGCUGCCGAAACCCGAAGUGCAAUCAGAGUGCAUUUCCAGGCGAUGCAAAAAAGGUCUUCAAGUCGUGCCAUAAUUGUUCUCAUUUAUACUGUUCGCGUGAGUGUCGUCGAGCUCACUGGGAAAAUCAUCGUAAAGCGUGCCUACACUCGCGCGCUUCCAACCUGUGUCGCCAGGUGCUAGCCACCUGCAAGGACGAUCUUGACACACAACGCCAUCUCAGCUUGUUGUCUUGCAAUGGCUGCUUCGCGCAGGGCAGAGGCGUCGUGCGGAUGCUAUUCCGCAGUCCUGAAGCAGCGGAGUGCUUCAUUAAAAACGGAUUUCAGUGCAUGGGUGAGGCUUCGUACGUGCGUUGGCCGGACCUUAUGCCCGCCGAGAUGGGCCUUGAGCUGUACUCUGAACUUCUCAAGCUCAGCACUGAGUACAGGCCGGAAUCCAAAAUGCUCAUUUAUGUGGCUAUUUGUGUUGUUUCAGAGUCGCCAGGCAUGGGCCAAGCGCCGGUGCGCUGGGAACGCCAAUUGGUUAGUCGUUGCGCCAAACUAAAACUCUGCAAAACGGUUUUAGCCGAAAUAAAGCAGCAGCAGGAGGUGGUGGCUAUGCCGGAGCGGACUGAAAUACUUAUUCUCACCUUCAACGCCAGGCAACAUCAUAUGCAUGGCACGCGAGAGCUGAUCUUUUCCAAUAUUUUGGACAUCUUAUCUAGACGCGGUGUCAAGCUUCGCAAGCACUAUCCUGAGAUAUUUCAGCGCCUGCAAACUUACUCCGAGGGUAAAAGCGACAAGUUCAAUCCGGUUACACUGCAUCCCCGAAACUCGCAAACAGGCCAAAGUUUUGUCUGCAUCAUCAUGCCUGUACAAACGGACAGUGGGUUUAAUAGGCUUCCAUCAGGGACGGACAGCUGCAAUCGUGUGACAACCAUUGAUGUGGCUUCUCUUGCAUCUCUUGCUCAACUAGACGAAGGAGUGCUAAAAGCAACAUGAUUAAAAAAUUGCAGCAAAGGACUUCAGCAUGAAAGGAGUGGCAAGAUUACGUCACCCAACUUAGAUCUUUAUUGCGAAGCUUGGGGAUAUGGCAUAAAGAGUACCCGUAUGUAAAGCAUUAUCUUCUUAAGUGAUUUUUUAUUUUGUUAUGGGAACUGAGGUAUAAGUAUAUACCCUUGAUUAAAAUCAACAUCCGAGGCUAUCUUGUAAUGUACGUCCACGCAUCACUAAGUUACUAUGCCAAAUGUCGGACAACUACAUAAGUACAUACCCUUUAUCAAAAUCAACAUACGAGGCUAUCUGGUAAUGUUCGUCCCCGCAUCAUUAAGUUUCUAUGCCAAAUAUCGGACAACUACAUUAUGAAGCUGCCUCAGAAAUUAAAUGAAAAUAUAAGGAAAGCUUUCCGAGCUCGAGUUAUAUAUUUUUUAAUUUUAAAAAUAUAUUUUUUUUUAAUCAAGCUGUUGACAUAAAAAUAGGCAGUACAAACAUCCAGUUUUUAGAAAUGGAUAACAGGCGGUAAAUAUAGGAUGGCCCACGAAAGACUUACGUUUUAAAAUCGAUCGAUUGUGACGUUUGCUGUGCGGCACGUAUUACCGUCCUGCUGGAACCAUAUUUCGUCUAUGUCUUCCUCUUCCAUUCGGGGAAAUAUCUGGCACAUUGACAUUCGAAAUGUCAAAGUCAAAAUUAUGGAUAGUUCAAAAAGCAAACGCUAUAUGGCCACCCUGUAUAAUGAAAUGAAGCCUAUUCUGCAUGGGUUCACUUCUAUCCACGUAUUCCUUUCAGAUCUCUUAAAGUUCAUAUAGAUCAUAAAUUUAUAAAGCCGUUUUCACCAGCCGUUAAAGUUUGAUUUAAAUAAAAAAUAAUAAACUGUUGUUUAAACAAAAAUAAUUGGUUGCUUAAAAUUUUCUUUAACUCAAACGAGGCAAUCAAAAACUGAAAAAUUAAAAGGUUUUUAUAUUUUGAGAACUUAAGUAUCAAGUCAGUCCUAAACAUAUAUUUUUAAGUAACUUCUACAAAUUUUAAAUUAAAAUAUUCAGUUAUAUGAAUAUCUUUAUAAACUCCUUCCGCAGCAUUUGAUUCGAAUCGCUUUGAAACAAAAAUUUGAAAAGUUUGCUAAAGAAAUAUAAAAGAAAAGCGCGGUAAAUGUAAUGUAGACAAAAAAUCUUUCUGAUCAUCCAAUACUUUUGUGUCUUGUCUCUUUAGCCAUGAAGAUACAAAAGCCAACUAACACACAUGCUCUUCUACUCAACAGUCUGUCCUUUUUGUAAAAAUAUUUAACUUGAAUCAUUAUUAUUUUUAAUGAACUUUUUAAUUUGAUUAAUUUAGUAAAUUAUUUGGGAUACUGUUAUUUAUGAAUUUCUUCUGCUGAUUAAAAUCAAUUACUGCAGUUUUUAAACACUACAUUUAACUAUUGUUGAAACUAAUUCUCCGAAUACCUUGUUUAAGAUUUGGUAAUGCAAACAGCAUAAAGACACCCUCACGAUCUGUUCUGUUACUCGUGGAGGGAGCCUAACGUGAUCAUCAAGCCAGGCAGUCACAACGAAAAGAACUGUACUAUGCAACCUACGAGCCAAGUGACUCCGCUUGUGAAAUAUCCUUUUAUUUUUACUUUAUACCUACUUUUGUUAACUUAGGCAUUUGGUACCUCUAGAUAUUGUUAAAUUUGUUCAAUAAAAUAUGUCUCAGUCUUAGAGAA